UCUGAGUCCUAUCUUAUAAGACCUCUAUUCCCCCAGAUCUGUACCAGUUUCAAUACAUAGACUAGUUGCCCCGUUCACUUUCGUUCCCAGAAUGGCAUCUAUAAUCAGCCCCGGAGAUGAGGCAGCUGUCAGCAACGCCAGCUUAACCUUUAAAGAUGACAUAUCCAACGGGAAUGGGCUGCUCUCAAGCUACCUUGAUGGCUACAGCAAUACUCAAAUACUCCUCACGAUCCUAGUUGUCUUGAUUGCAUACGAUCAAUGCAUGUAUCUUUGGCGUAAGGGCCCAAUUGCCGGUCCAGCUUUCAAGAUCCCUUUCAUGGGCCCUUUCAUCCGAGCACUCUAUCCCAAGUUCGACCACUAUCUUGCUCAAUGGGCUAGCGGUCCUCUGAGUUGCGUUUCCGUGUUCCACAAGUUCGUCGUCCUCGCCUCCGACCGAGAUAUCGCACACAAAGUGUUCAAGUCCCCAACAUACGCCAAACCAUGCAUCGUCCCCAUGGCCGAAACCCUCCUGCGACCAAGCGCCUGGGUCUUCCUUCAAGGCAAGGCACAUACUGAGUACCGCAAAGGACUCAACGGGCUCUUUGUCAACAAAGCUCUCAGCACUUACCUACCCGUCCAGGAGAAGGUAUACGAUGAUUACUUCGGCCGGUUCGUAGCAGCAAGCGAGGCCAACAAGGGGAAGCCUAUGGCAUUCAUGCGUCUUUUCCGAGAGAUAAAUUGUGCUCUCUCUUGUCGAACGUUCUUUGGAGAUUACAUAUCUCAAGAUGCUGUUGAGAAGAUCGCUGACGACUUUUAUGAGGUCACAGCUGCCCUUGAGCUCGUCAACGUACCUCUCUCUGUCUACAUCCCCUUUACAAAGUGUUGGAAAGGAAAACGUACAGCAGAUGCUGUGCUGGCUGAGUUCGCAAAGUGUGCUGCAGCUUGUAAGGCUAAUAUGGCUUCUGGUGCUGAGCCACGAUGUAUCGUUGAUCAAUGGGUUUUGCACAUGAUGGAGUCCAAGAAAUACUACGAUCGUAUUGCUGCGGGAGAAGAGGGAGUUGAGAAACCACGAAACUUGAUCCGUGAGUUUACAGACGAUGAAAUCGGGCAGACUAUGUUCACCUUCUUGUUCGCCUCCCAAGAUGCCUCCAGCAGCGCCACUACGUGGCUAUUCCAGGUCCUCGCUCAACGCCCCGAUGUUCUCGAUCGUCUUCGAGAAGAGAAUCUCCUUGUACGAAACGGUAACAGGCACCAACCGUUCGAGCUAUCAAUGCUCGAGUCCCUUCCCUACACCAACGCAGUCAUUAAAGAGCUUCUUCGCUAUCGUCCCCCUGUCAUAUUUGUCCCCUAUGAGGCUACCAAAUCCUUCCCUGUCACACCCAAGUACACAGUAUCCAAAGGCACUCUCAUCGUCCCUACGUGCUAUCCCGCGCUUCACGAUCCUCAAGCCUAUCCAAACCCUGAGACUUUUGACCCUGACCGAUGGAUCACGGGUGAUGCCGAGUCCAAGACAAAGAAUUGGCUUGUCUUUGGAGCUGGUCCUCACGAUUGCUUGGCUCGCAAGUACGUUCCGCUAACUAUGGCUGCCAUGAUUGGCAAGGCUUCUCUAGAACUAGACUGGGUGCAUCAUGCAACCAGCCGUUCGGAGGAGAUUAGAGUGUUUGCUACUUUGUUUCCUGAGGAUGAAUGCCAGCUGGUCUUCACCAAGAGAGAGUAGAUUGUUGCUCGUUACCGAGGCAAGGUGUUUGCGAAUUUGGUAGAGUCUGGUAAUUAGAGAGUGCGUCGACCGUAGAAUGGGCGAAUGAGUUGCUCUAGAAUGAGAAACUAUGGCAGAUUACAGAUACAUAUUGUGUGACUAUGUGAUGUUUUGAUCUAUUCAAGUCAUGCUAGAUGCUCGCUAAUACGAAUGGAAGAUAAAGCUAUAUACAAAGUGUUAAAGGGCUUCGGCCAUCUGGCCGAUACGUCCCUAGAAAGGAUGUUAGAAUGGCACCCUAUUAUACAUUACAGCUAGCCAACGUGUUGACUGCUGGCCACGAACUUAAGCAAAGACACUGUCGAGGAGGAAAGCAACCUCCUCCUUUCGGACGUUGUCGACAGCAGUGUAGCUGAGGUCAGUCUUGUUGACAUCGAAGACAAUGUUAAGAGGCUCUGCAAGCGUGUACUGAGGCCAGGUAACAUGGCUGGGAGCAGUUUUGACAGUAUUGGGGGUCAAGUCGUGCAUGAAAGAAACCCACAUCUUGCUCAUGAGGUCAGCAAGCUCAACGAAAGUCUCGGGCUUGCCUUCAAAGGGGUUGGGCUUGUAGCCAACACCCUUAACGUUGUUGAAGACGAAAGCAACCUCCUGGAAGUGGGUAGCUCCAAGGAUGGCGGGAAGGCCAUUGACGUAAACGUUCCAGAGGUAGGAGAAGACGGGGAUGGAAGAGGCCGAGUAGACCUGGGCCAAGAGACGUCGUCCAGCGUGCUGUUGGAAGUCACCAGCGAAGGCGGCGGCACGCUUCCACUGGGAGCCAUACUCGUUGGUAGGACGGCCAAUGAAAGAUGCGGGGAUCCCCUCAUCAGGGAUAUCAGGGUACAGAGUAGUAGCAGUAGCGACCUGAGUCUGGCUGAGGCCGAGGCUGGAGAGCCAGGACUGAAACUGCUCGGUAGUGUUGAUACCCUUCUUACCGUAGGCAGUACCCUCGUCGAAGUUGUUACCCAUGAGAAGAGGAACGUGAGCGAACUUGCCAGCCAGAAGUAGCUUAGAGGCCUGGGCGGUCAUGAAGUCACCGUCGAUAACAGCAGUGAGAGCAGGGGCGGUGACGUCGAGAGGGGUAGUGUUGUUGAAGAUGUUGUUGAGGGUCUCCCAAGGAAGGCCACGAAGACACUCGAGGUUGUCGGAGGCAGAGUCGCAUCCAGUCUUCUUGACAAGAGCGUCAUAGUACUCCUGCCAAUCAGAAGCCUGAUUGAACAGCGCAACAGGGCUACCUGACUCGAGAACAGCAGCACGGAAGAGGUUGUUGUGCUGGCCCUCGUAAGCGACAAGCUGCAUACCCAGGGAUCGAGCGCCAGCAGACUCUCCCCAGAUAGUGACCUUGUCGGGGCUACCACCGAAGGCCGCGACGUUGUCCUGAAGCCAUCUCAUAGCCAGGCGCUGAUCCUUGAAGCCCAAGUUACCAGCAUUCUCCUUCUGCAUCUCUUCGCUGAAGAGGAAACCCCAUUGCGACACACGGUAGUUGAUGGAGGCAGCGACAAUGGGCUUACCCUCCUUGACGGAUUGAUCAACGAUGUAGCUCAGGUUGUACCUAGGGUCUCGGGAACCGCCGUUGGUGUAGCUCUGUCAUAUUGUUAGUCAUAAUAUAGCGUUGGGUAUAUAGGAUGGGAACUGACGCCUCCAUGAACCCAAAGGCCAACGGGGAGCUCAUCUCCGGCCUUGACACCAGAAGGUCGUACGAUGUUAAUGGUCAAGCAGUCCUCAUUGACAGGGUUACCGAGGCUCUGGGUAUCAGAGCCGUAACCAAUACACAUCCAUCCGAACUCAGUGGCAGAUCGAGGUCCCUUCCAGGCCUUAUCAAGAGACUUGGGUGAAGAGAAACGCAACGGGCCUACGGGAGGUUGGGCAUAGGGCAUGCCAAGGAACAGAUCAUGAUCAUACGUGGUGUCAUGCUUGCCCUGGUAAGUUCCGUUGCAGACUUGAGCAGUAGGAACGCCUGGAGGGGAAACGUGGGGAGGGCCGGGAACGGGAGCAGAGGGAGAGGGAGGGGAAGGAGGACUGGGAGGUCCUCGAGGUCCUCGAGGGCGAGGAGGAUGAUGAUCGCCAGGAACGCCAGGAACAGGAGGGGCAGGGUAAUGAGGAAGGGCAGAAGCAUAGCCAGAGAAAGCCGCCAAGAGCAGGCUUAGUGUGUUUGAGGAAUGCAUCUUGUAGCGUUUUGACAAAGGGACAAGGUGCAGUGAGAAUCGGGAGCUGAGCUUCUAGACAACGUCUGGAAGAAAAAUGAGGAAGCUCGUUUAAGAAACUUGCAUCAGUGGCUUGUCAUGUCGAUCGCUGUCUUUAAGUUCAACGGACGUCGAGGCAUGGUGGGCCGUGAGAAAGGAGCAUUGUCCAUACAAAAAACAUGGUCUACCAUGUCAUGACUUGAGUGAGAUUACAUUCUCUUGCCCCAGGGAUUGUGCAUCCGAAGAAGAGCCAGCAUUCGCCUAAAAGAACUGCCACUUUGUUGCUCGCAAAGAAUUGCAGAGCGGGCACGACAGAAUAUCUCGC